ACACACACACACACAUCACUUCUGUGUUCCAGUAGGUAGUGGGGCGUGAACAGGGUGGAGUCUCAAGGGGAAGAAAGGGGCCGCAGGACAUCUUGGCCAAGUCUUAGCCCCUGGAGAUGUCGCCACCAGUGGUGCUGCUCUGCCUGCUGCUGCUGGGGAAUUUGGAGCCUGCAGGAGCACUGAUCCGAGUUCCUCUUCGCCGAGUCCAUCCUGGACACAGGUUCUUAAGCCCACUGAAUGGAUGGGGACAGCCUCCUAGCACCUCCGCCUCUGGUGACGAGCGCUCCUUUGUGCCUCUGUCCAAGUUCAUGAAUGUGAGUCCCAGCCACCAUGUUCCCGCCCUUGCGGCAGAAUAUUCAGCUCCUCAUUUGCUCUGUGUUCUCUUGUGCCACCAGGUCCAGUACUUUGGAGACAUUGGUCUGGGAACACCUCCUCAGAACUUCACUGUUGUCUUUGACACGGGUUCUUCCAACUUCUGGGUCCCAUCCUCGAGAUGUCAUUUCUUCAGUUUGGCCUGCUGGUUUCACCAUCGUUUCAACCCCAAGGCCUCCAGCUCCUUUCGGCCCAACGGGACCAAGUUUGCCAUUCGCUAUGGGACCGGACGGCUGAACGGAAUCUUGAGCCAGGAUGAUCUGACUAUCGGGGGAAUCCACGGCGCCUCUGUGAUAUUUGGAGAGGCUCUGUGGGAGCCUAGCCUGGUCUUCGCGUUUGCCCAUUUUGAUGGGAUUCUGGGCCUCGGUUUCCCGACUCUAGCUGUGGGAGGAGUUCAGCCUCCGCUGGACACACUAGUGGAGCAGGGACUGCUGGAGAAACUCGUCUUCUCCUUCUACCUCAACAGGGACUCUGAAGGGUCUGACGGGGGAGAGCUGGUCCUGGGGGGCUCAGACCCAGCUCACUACAUACCCCCCCUCACCUUCAUACCAGUCACCAUCCCUGCCUACUGGCAAGUCCACAUGGAGAGUGUGAAGGUUGGCACAGGGUUGAGUCUCUGUGCCCAGGGUUGUGGUGCCAUCCUGGACACAGGCACAUCCCUCAUCACAGGAACUAGUGAGGAGAUCCGGGCCUUGAAUAAGGCCAUUGGGGGAUUUCCCCUCCUGACUGGGCAGUAUCUCAUUCAGUGUUCCAAAAUCCCAGAGCUUCCCACUGUCUCCUUCCGCCUUGGCGGAGCGUGGUUUAACCUCACAGGCCAGGAGUACGUCAUCAAGAUUUUUCAGAGCGAUGUUGGCCUCUGCCUGUUGGGCUUCCAGGCCUUGGAUAUCCCGAAGCCUGAAGGACCCUUCUGGAUCCUCGGGGACGUCUUUUUGGGGUCCUACGUGGCCGUCUUCGACCGAGGGGACAAAAACAACGGCCCCCGCGUGGGUCUGGCGCGUGCUCAGCCUCGAGCAACCAGACCGGCAGGAGGAGCUACGCAGGCACAGUUCCUCUGAGGACGCCCCGGUUAGGGUACAUUCCCACAAGAGCCACAGAGGCUAUGUUUUUUUCCAAUGAAAAAAAAAAAAAAAAUCCACUUUCCAUUUAAGGAACCCGCUUGGGUAACUUUCGGGUAGGGGAAAUGAGUGUCUGGAGUUGAGGAAGAGAGGGGAGGGAAGGGAAGCAUCCUAUUCUGCCGUGCGCGCGCCCGUGAGAGAGGUCCGGGAACAACCCCCCGCGAAGCUUCUGGCCCGCACAACGCGGAGCAUCACGGACUUUGUAGUCCUCUCCCCGCGGGCGUCGCGAUGACAGCAACAGGUGGCCGCGGUGGUGAAAACGUUAAGGGUUCUCCAGUCCUGGUUCUACGGAGCGAGCUCACCGUCCUGCGGACCUUGUGCGUCCUACCCUCCCUCUGGGGAUUCCAGGACCCCCGGGCCUGCCGUAGAGGCGGAGCCCGUAGACCUGGGUCGUGGGAAGCAGGGCUGUCCCUCCUCCGUUGUCACAGGCCGCUCAGAGAUUCCGGGACUCAGUCAGCCCUCCUCCACCGCCAGAUUCCUCCUGUCUCCUCCUCACCGAAACUUGGGGUGAGUUCGGGGGAGGGGGCGGAGGCUCAAGCUCUCGGGGCGGGAAGACAGUCUGCAGCUCAGCUUGUGAGACAGGGGACGGGACGGGAGACCAAAGCUUGCAGCGGAAGGAUCACCCAGACUCUGAGCUUUGAAAGGGGAGGGGCAAGAUACUUGCGUGUGGAGUCGUUUUGCUUGCUUGUUUGUUUUGGUUUUUCGAGACAGAGUUUUCUCCGUGUGACCCCUGGCUGUCCUGGAACUCGCUCUGUGGACUAGUCUGGCCUCGAAUUCAGAGAGAUCCAGCUGCCUCUGCUUCCAGAGGAUUGGGAUUAAAGACAUGCGCCACCACAGCCUGGCUGUGUCUCUCUGUGUAUUGGGGUCUUUUGCUGUGACUCUUCACAGUCUCUGUUUUACUAAGACUCUCCCUGGAUUUUGCAUUGAUGGGUGGGGUGUAGGGGUCGGAGCAGAAAGGAAUCUUAGCAGUCCAGGAGGGGAAGGCUGGUCCUACUGACCUGGCCUUGGAAGUAAGGGAGGGGACAGCGGGAGGGAUGGCAGAGGUGACAGAACGUGUCUGGGGAAAGAAUGACUAUGGAUGCAGUGGACCAGGACUGAGAAAAAAAAAGUCUCCAGAAAUGAGCAACUCAGCCUUGAUUCUGGGUGUCCUGUGAUGGGAGCCCCACCCAGUCUCUGGCUGAAGGAAAGUAGUUCUCUAGUGACAACCCCGCUCUGGUGAGGCUAUGGGAGGGACGACCACACCCAAGUUUCCAGGGCUCCAUGAGUGUCCCACUGUUGGCUGCUCUUUAUCCCCACCUCUAACCCCUGUUAGAGUCUUCUCUCUGUU